GCAUUUUUUCUAUGCGAUGUUUUUGUGCACGUACACCUAUCAGCUAUCGCUGUGUGUGGCACUUUGCACUUGACUCUUCUAGUGCGUAAACUAUAGCGUAUCCAUUUAUACUGCGCCCUGCUCAUGCAUAUAAGCGUAAACAAACCUUGGCUUUUUCGCGCGCACAACAGGGGUUUUCUGUUUCUGAAAAUCGUCUCGGGUUGUUUUCGGUUGGCGAGUUGGAGUUUUAUUGAAUUUUGCUGGGAAUUUCUGGAGGGCUGCGUGUGAAUUGUUAGUUGGUCUGUUGAUCUGGAAGCUGCGGCCUUAAAAUUAGUUCCAUCGUCGAGGCUGCAACCAACCAACCAAGCAUGGCUAAAGAGAUACCUGCUUGGUAUUUCGGGAAGGUGACGAAGGAUGUUGCUCACGAGAGACUUGCCGGUACAAUGUCCGGUACUUUCCUGGUGCGAGACAACGAGACAUCUAGAGGAAGCUACGUCAUCUCCAUGAAUGACAACGGCAUGGUGGUUGAUUACGACAUCCGUAAGACUGGCCGGACGCUCAAGAUCCGUGACCGAGACUUUGCCGACCUCGACGCCCUCAUCGGCUACUACCAGAAAUACCCGCUGGACACCAUCACACUCGACACGCCUUGCUCAAAAGAGGGUAUGCCGUCCCCGCCCAUCUCACCAUCUUGGCACAAAUAGUGACGGCUGGAAGGAAGUCUAUAUAGCCACGUAUAGGAAAGGAAGUUGGAGUUUGAACCUUCGCGUCCGUUUGACCCAGUUGAACUCACCCAGUGUGAAAAAACUGAGAUAAAAAGAAUGACUGUUUGUUCUCUGCUUGUAUACAGACAAAAUGCAUGUGUUGAAACGUCGAUUUCAUGAAGCGUUGGACAGCUCUUUAUUAUUUGUAUUUUUGUUUUAGUAGUACAAUAUUGUUCAAUUCGGUUAUACGUUUGAUUAUACAUGCACUUAGUAAAGAUAGAGCCAGGUCAAUUCCAACUAACUCAAAGCGAAAAGUCCAUCACAAGUCAAUCACAAGUCAUCACAAAUAACGUGAAAUGACACUGGGCUAACUUUCUUAUUCAGCAGUUUACCUAUAGCUUGUUAAUUGGUUCACCUGAGACUGCAUGAUUUGUGAUUGAUUAGUCUAAACGGUCGUGAUUGACUUUUAGAACUUGACUGCAAGUUACAACUCCAAUUGUUAUUUUCCAGAAUUUGUGUUUUUAAAAGUUUAGUUUUCUGAGUUGUUUUCGACAAGACAUGAAUUCAGCAUUUUUAACGCAAGUCUUCUGCUGAAACAAAGGCAGUCGUUUAUGUGUUUUAGCAUACCCACCUUCAAAGUAAAAAAACACGAAUGUGACGAAUGCGAGAUAAAAUGUUAGUGUCAUGGAGGUUAUGUUAAUUGUACUUGUAUUACAAGCAAAGAUAUGCAUAACUUAGAAACAUGAUAUAAUUCUAAACCAUUAUACAGUAGGCUUUUAAAGGGAAUGUACAACAUUUGUUUUUGCUUCAAUU